GUAACUUUAUAUAUAGAUGAUCAAGAAAUUGAGACAAGAAAACUACUUCCAGUUAUUGGAAUCUAUAUCAGUGGAAAAACUCAGAUUGGAAAAUACACUGGUAGAGAAGAAUCUGUCCAGUUUACACUUCAAAAGCUGAGAAUAUAUUGUGAUCCAGAACAGAACAAACGUGAGACAGCUUGUGAGAUUCCUGGAAUUUCUUCCCAGUGUUUAAAUGGUCCAAGUGAUGUUGGCUCAACACCUGCUCCCUGUGUUUGUCCUCCUGGGGAAAAAGGACCUCCUGGACUUAAAGGAGAUCCUGGACAGCCUGGUAUUCCUGGUUCCCCUGGACAACCUGGUCCAGAUGGUAAGCCUGGAUUACCAGGGAUAGUAGGAAACCCAGGAGUGCAGGUAAUAUUUGGAGACCAAAUAAUAAUUUUAGUCAUUAUCUUAACAGCAUCACCAUUGGAUUUCACGAUUUACAAAAGCUGACAGAAAUCAAUGGUCCAAUAUUGA